AUGUCCAAACGAAAGAUCAACUCGAUGGAACUACCUGAGGCGCCCUCGCACAAGGAGGGUCCUAAUUCAGGGCAUUCCAAUCAGUCCGGCCAGGAGAUAGGACGGGAGAUCCUGAUGAAGCCCAGCAUGUCUGCGCCGCCGAAAAUAAUCAUGCCGCCAGGGUCAGAAAACGCCUCUGGGAUGGUUUGGCAGAAGAAGCGCAGAGUGGUGCGUGCGUGCGACCGAUGUCGGAAGCUCAAGAUUAAAUGUUCGGGCGAUCUUCCUUGUAUCCAUUGCACGGUGUACAGCUACGAAUGCACGUACGACCAGCCUAGCAGGACAAAGAAGAAGACCCAGCCUGGAUCUGGCGCCUCGCCGUCGAGCCACGGCUCGGCCAACCAUGGCUCAGGCCCCAGCUCGCAACUGCCUAUCAGCAACCCAGAAAUGAUGGCCAGACUCACCGAUAGACUCAAGCUGUACGACGACAUUCUCCACCGGCUUCUCCCCGACAUCAAAUUGACCGAUCUGAACGACAAUCCGCGGCCAAUCAACCCUAUGAAGCUCGUAACGGCCAUGAACAAGCUGCGCGAGAAGUCGUGUGACGAGUCCAAGGAUUCCAGCAAGACCAUUGCCGAAGAGUACUCUGCGUUGCCCGACGUGCCUGUGCCGUCGUUGCCCACCGUGUCGAAGUCGCCGUCGGUGUCCACCACGAUGAAACCACGCGACCAUUCGCCAGCAGACACCCUGCAUUUCCACAGUCCGCACGGAGCCUCAAACGUCCAUCCAGGCAUUGACGGCUCGUACGAGUCCAGCAUGGGCAAGGAGAUCAAGAUCAUUCUUCCUUCGCGCGAGGUCGCCCUGCGUCUGAUCACACAGACCUGGGAAAACGCCUGUGUGCUUUUCCGCUUCUACCACCGGCCCGCUUUCAUUGAGGACCUAAACGAGCUGUACGACACAGAGCCCAGCCAGUACACCAACAAGCAGCAGCGGUUCCUGCCACUGGUGUACUCGGUGAUGGCCUGUGGAGCGUUGUUCCUCAAGAGCGACGAGAAAACCACCGGUUCCAAGAACGGCGAGCAACACACCGAGAACGAGGUGUUUGAGGAUGAAGGUUAUAGAUAUUUCAUUGCUGCAAGAAAGCUGAUCGACAUCACAGACACCAGAGACACCUACGGUAUCCAGACGAUUGUGAUGUUGAUCAUUUUCUUGCAGUGUUCCGCCAGACUGUCCACCUGCUACGCAUACAUUGGCAUUGCGCUUCGAGCCGCGCUGAGAGAAGGCCUGCACAGAAAGCUGGACUAUCCAUUCAACCCCAUCGAGCUCGAGAUUAGAAAACGGCUGUUCUGGACCAUCUACAAGAUGGACAUUUACGUCAACACGAUGCUGGGUCUGCCUCGUACAAUCAGCGAGGACGACUUUGACCAGGACAUGCCAAUAGAGCUCGACGACGAAAACAUCACCGUGGACGGCUAUCGGUUCGAGAAACAGGGCGACCGUCUCUCGAGCUCGGGAAUUGCCAACGCGCACACAACUCUCAUCUUCAUCAUGAAGAAGAUUGUCACCAAACUGUACCCGAUCAAGCCCCGCAAGGUGGAGAACGGGCUACGUCCCGAGCUCAUGACCCACGACAUCGUGUACCAGCUCGAGAUCGAUCUGCAGGACUGGAUGAACAGUCUGCCGUUGGAGCUCAAGCCAGGUGUCGAGCCGUCGAGCCAGUACCUCAAGGCCAACCGGCUGCUGCACAUCUCGUACUUGCACGUCAAGAUCAUUCUGUACCGGCCGUUCAUCCACUACAUUUCGUCUGACCAGUCCAGCCGGCCCCGCACGUCCAACGACCUCAAGUGCAUCGAGAAGGCCAAGAACUGUAUCAACGUUGCGCGGAUCGUGGUGAAGCUUGCCGAGGACAUGAUCAACAAGAACAUGCUGAGUGGCUCGUACUGGUUCUCGAUCUACACGAUUUUCUUUUCUGUGGCCUGUUUGGUGUACUACGUGCACUUUGCUCCGCCAAUCACCUCGUCAGGAGCGUUCGACCCGGAGUACAUGGCCAUCAAGAAGGACGCCGAGAGCGGUAAGCGCGUGCUGGACAUUCUGAAGGACAGCAGCAUGGCUGCCAAACGGACAUACAACAUUCUGAACGCUCUGUUCGAGGAGCUGAACCGCAAGACCGCCAACGCCAUCAUCAACCACGAGACCCCAAGCACGCAGUUUGUCACUCCGCAGGUUGGCAAGUCGCAGUUCGAGCAGCGCGACCACCCGGGCGCCGAGCCAAUGGCCAUUCCGCUGCCUCCUUCCCAUCUCAGACACGAGUACGCCCCACAGGCCCCACAGGCACCGCAACAGCCGUUCAACGGUUACUCCAAGAUGCAGAACUCCGAGAUCAACAACAUCGUGAACGGCGUGAACUUCAUCGACGGUGUGUCGACGGGCAUCAACCUGAACCUGCCGUCAUUGGAACGGACGUUUGACCGGUCUGCAGCGGACGUGGGCAGCGUGGGAGCUGUUCCGCCGGCGAUCUCGCCCCAGGAGCCAAACUCCAAGUACAAGUACGUGCCUGGCCCGAUGGACCAGUUGGACAUGAAGAUCUUUGGCCGGUUCCUGCCGCCAUACAUGUUGAACUCGAACCAGCAGUCGACGGAAACAACACCGGAGCCGGGACUCAUGCCAGAGCAGUUCCCGGAGCCAAUAGAUUCUCAGCCGCAACCGCAACCGCAACCGCAGCCCCAAACUACUCAAAACCCAGACCUGUUUGGUUCCAUCCCAUCAGGACUGUCCACGGUGUCCCACGCAGAGCAGUCGAGCAAAGGAUUCAACGGCAUAGAAAACAAUUACCGGGGAUCUCCUAAACGUUACGAAUUUGAUGAUAUAUUCCCAAACGACUGGAACUCAGGCUUUGCAAAUGAGUACAACGGGAAGACAUAA